AUGUCUCGUCUUGGCAAGCGUCAUCCGGACCUUCUCUGCUGUAAUUUCAAUCAGGAUUUCUCGUGUAUCGCGGUUGGUCAUAAGAAGGGAUAUACUAUACUGAAUUGUGAUCCGUUUGGUAAAGUUCAUUCGAAGCAUGAUCAAGGUGCGACUGGGAUUGUCGAGAUGCUAUUCUGUACUUCUCUCGUUGCUCUAGUUGGGGCAGCCGAUACUCAACCGUCCAAUAGUCCUAGAAAGUUACAAAUUGUAAAUACGAAACGUCAAUCUACUAUAUGCGAGCUCAUUUUCCCUACCUCUGUACUUGCCGUCAAGAUGAACCGGAAGAGACUAAUCGUAGUCCUUGAGAGUGAGAUUUACAUUUACGAUAUAUCAACGAUGAAGUUGCUACAUACUAUCGAAACUGGACCUAAUGCUAAUGCUAUCUGUGCACUAUCAUCAUCAUCCGAACAUUCAUAUCUUGCCUAUCCAUCACCUGCACCCUCAGCCUCCUCGGCUCCUCUAUCCUCUAACGCCGUUCCAGCAGCGCCUCCAGCACCCACAACAGGGGAUGUCCUUCUUUUUGACACCAUCUCACUAUCAGCACUCAAUGUGAUCCAGGCACAUAAGACACCAGUUGCUGCUCUUGCGCUGAACUCGACAGGUACAAUGCUCGCCACAGCUUCCGAUAAGGGAACCGUGGUCAGAGUCUUCUCCGUUCCAGACGCCAAGAAGCUAUGGCAAUUCAGAAGGGGAACACAAAGUGCAAAGAUAUUCAGUAUCAAUUUCAAUUUAGCAAACUCGUUAUUAGCUGUUUCAUCAGAUUCAAGCACUAUUCAUAUAUAUAAACUUGCCAAUUCGAAAAGUUCAGGUGGAAAGAGUUCAAGUGGAUUCUCAGAUAUACAGGAGAACCUUGUUGAUGGUGCAAGAUCACCGACACCUUCCGACGCUCCAUCAAAUUCACCGCCACUAGCGGCAGCUAAGCUGAACAAUAGUCAUAGUGCGACAUCAUCGUUGGGAAGACGAUCUUACUCCAUUGGCAAAUCCUUUGUGGGUGGCGUGGGUGGUUAUCUACCAAGAAGUGUAUCGGAAAUGUGGGAACCUCAAAGAGAUUUCGCUUUCAUCAAGUUAAGAGGUAGUGGUGCUAGAACUGUAGUUGCUAUGAGCGCGACCGUGCCUCAAGUCAUGGUGAUAAGUGCAGAUGGGCUGUUCCAGGCAUACAACAUCGAUCUAGAGAACGGAGGUGAAUGUUCUCUGAUGAAGGAGUUCGCGUUGUUGGGCUCAGAAGAUUCAGUCGGUAAUACCUCACUUGGGAUGUGA